AUGGCCUCCGCCGUGUGCUCAGGCACCAGUCGGGCGCCGGUGGCAGCGGCCCAGCAGGCUCGGGCCCGGCGCGAACGCACGCUCUCAGCGUCCUGGCGCCCCGCCGCCCUGCCCGCGCAGCCGCAGGCCCGCCGGCCUGGCGCCGCCCACCGCCAGCGCCGCGCCGCCGCCGUCACUCGCGCUCUCUUUGGCGGCCUGGGCGCCGUGUUCCGCAACGAUCCUGCGGAGCGUACCCGCAAGCAGUACCAGGACAAGGUUGACCAGGUCAACGCCCUGGAGGCAGACAUGGAGCGGCUGAGCGACGGGCAGCUGCGGCAGCUGACGCAGGCGCUGCGGGGGCGCGCCGCCGCGGGCGAGCCCCUGGACCAGCUGCUGGUGGAGUCGUUUGCGCUGGUGCGCGAGGCGUCGCGGCGCGUGCUGGGCCUGCGCCCGUUUGACGUGCAGCUCAUGGGAGGCAUGAUCCUGCACGAGGGCCAGAUCGCGGAGAUGCGGACGGGGGAGGGCAAGACGCUGGUGGCCGUGCUGCCCGCCUUCCUCAACGCGCUGUCGGGUGGGUGGUUGGGUGUAUGUGGGUGUGUGUGGAGGGCGUGUGCACACCCCACCCCCACCCCCCUACAGGGCCUGAACGAGAAGCAGCGGCGCGCGGCGUACGCCGCCGACGUCACGUACGUAACCAACAGCGAGCUGGGGUUUGACUACCUGCGCGACAACCUGGCGCAGGACAAGGAGGAGCUGGUGCUGCGACCCUUCAACUUCUGCGUGAUUGAUGAGGUGGAUUCCAUCCUCAUCGACGAGGCCCGCACCCCGCUCAUCAUCUCCGGCACCGCCGACAAGCCGUCGGAGAAGUAUUACAAGGCCGCCAAGAUCGCCUCGGCGCUGGCCCGCGACGUGCACUACACGGUGGACGAGAAGCAGCGCAACGUGUUGCUGACCGAGGAGGGGUACGAGGCGGCGGAGGACGUGCUGCAGGUAUCCGACCUGUACGACCCGCGCGAGCAGUGGGCCUCCUACCUGCUCAACGCCGUCAAGGCCAAGGAGCUCUUCAUCAAAGACGUCUCCUACAUCGUGCGGGCCGACGAGAUCAUCAUUGUGGAUGAGUUCACGGGGCGCACCAUGCCCGGCCGCCGCUGGUCGGACGGUCUGCACCAGGCGAUCGAGGCGAAGGAGGGGCUGGAGAUUCAGUCGGAGUCCGUCACCCUCGCCUCUAUUUCCUAUCAAAACUUCUUCCGGGCGUACCCCAAGCUGGCGGGCAUGACCGGCACCGCCGCCACCGAGGCGGCCGAGUUCUCGCAGAUCUAUAAUUUGCCGGUGACGGUGGUACCGCCCAACCGGCCGGUAUCCCGCGAGGACAACCCCGAUGUCGUGUUCAGGUCUGAGAGCGGCAAGUGGAAGGCGGUGGUGCAGGAGAUCCGGCGCAUGCACAAGACGGGGCGGCCCGUGUUGGUGGGCACCACCAGCGUGGAGAAGUCCGAGGUGCUGGCGGGCAUGCUGCAGGAGGAGGGCAUUCCCUUCCAGGUG